GGCGCAGCCCGGGUGACGAAGAUGGUGCUCAUCAAGGAAUACCGUGUAGUGUUGCCAGUCUCUGUGGAAGAGUAUCAAGUAGGGCAGCUGUUCUCUGUGGCUGAGGCCAGCAAGAAUGAGACAGGAGGAGGUGAAGGCAUCGAGGUGCUGAAGAAUGAACCUUACGAGAAGGACGGCGAGAAGGGACAAUACACACAUAAAAUAUACCAUCUAAAGAGUAAAGUCCCAGGUUAUGUGAAGAUGAUUGCACCAGAGGGAGCAUUAGUUUUUCACGAAAAGGCUUGGAACGCCUACCCGUACUGUCGCACAAUUGUGACGAAUGAGUACAUGAAGGACGACUUUAUGAUAAAGAUCGAGACGUGGCACAAACCUGACAUGGGAACAAUAGAAAAUGUCCACGACCUGGACGAGCAGACAUGGAGGACUGUGGAGGUGUCUCCCAUAGAUAUUUCAAACAAAGAAGAAGUGGCCCCUGGGGACUAUAAACCAGAAGAAGAUCCUGCUCUUUUCCACUCUGUCAAGACGGGCAGAGGACCCCUCGGCCCUGAAUGGAAGAACGAGCUGAAGACAGACUGUCCUUACAUGUGUGCGUACAAACUGGUCACUGUCAAGUUCAGAUGGUGGGGACUGCAGACCAAAGUGGAAAACUUCAUCCACAGGCAAGAAAAGCGUAUUUUCACCAACUUCCACCGCCAGCUGUUCUGCUGGAUCGACAGAUGGGUGGGUUUGACCAUGGAGGACAUCAGGCGGAUGGAAGAGGAGACCCAAAAAGAGCUUGAGGAGAUGCGUCAGAAGGGAGAUGUGCGAGGCACCUCUGCAACAGACGAGUAGAGGCCCGUCGCUGUAGGUCAAACACUAGAGGCAGGCUGACUGCGUAAUAAAGGUCCGAUUCGAGGCACCAGUGCUGCUCAUGAGCAAUGAGGCAAAUCAACCAAACCCUGUCAUGAUGAUGUCAUCAGAGACACGUCCACCACGAUGAGGAAGUGGCCCUGACGUCGACCUCUUCUCUUCCUGUCUCACAUGAUUCAUUGGGGGGUUUGACAAGAUUGGUUCAACAGUACUGUACAGAUUCUACCCCAAUCACAAGCCUCCUGUUCACAACAGAAAAAACAUGGUUUUGCAUACAUAUAAAAAGAAAAAAAAAACUCUUUGCACAGAACGUAAAUUGCCUGAUAUGUAAUUGUUAGUUGAUUAUUACAAUGGGCUUUGUUUUUAUUCAGGUGUCUAAACCGUGACUCAGAAAGUCAAGCCUUUUAAAUUAAUUAGAAUGUUGUUUUUAAGUAAACAGGUUCCCACAAUAAUUGGUAUCAGACUUUAGCAGGUAUUGGACCAUUCACCCCCCCCCCCCCCCACCCCUUCCUGUGUAUUAUAACUGUCUGUCUCUACUUUACUCCUCGUCUCUCCCCUCAGUAUCGUCUAUAUUCUUGUCCUGGUAUAAAUGUGUCUAGAUCUCGUCCCCUCUUUGUCUCGCUGUCCCCUCUGUCUGGCAGUCGGUCGGGAAAACUGAUGUUUUAAUUUCUUCUUAUAGUUUAAUUUGGAGGCUGAUGCCUGUUUAGGGUUCGAAGCAAAUUUCAUGCAUGAUGGAUAAACUCUGCUAUCGUUCCCCCCCACACACAUUUGGACAUGCACACAAGCCCUCCUCCUCCUCCUCCUCCUCCUCCUCCUCCUCUGUCACAAGUGCAUGUGGACAACAGCAACUCCUCGCUAAAACUGUCAUUGCAUGUCGCUGCAAUGCAGCUGCGCUCAAGCGGACUGUUUGUGUUGAUUAGAGAGAGUCUGUACAAUACAAGUGUGUGUGUGUGUGUGUGUGUGUGUGUGUGUGUCAGUGUGUGCAUCUGCGUUUGCGUUAUCAACUGCCUUCGCUCUUAAAGGACUGUCACUCUGGAGACGGAGAAGCUUAAUAUCGAGGCUCCGUGCGUGGCGCCCGCGCCCCACCGCCGGCCCGUCAAACUUGCCUCAUGCUGUCGCUGCAUGUCCUUUCUCCUCGGCUAGGGCUUUAACUGGAGCGCCCCCACAAGCCUCCACUCUUCUUCUUCUGUUUUUUUUUUAGACUAAAACAAAUGAGGAUGAGAGUCUGUGCGUCGCUGCGUGCAUGAAUCUUUUUUAUAUUCUCCUCAAACUACCACUUCCUCUCACCUGACAGAGCAAAUGGGUCCAGGCAGAUCUGUGAUGUUUGUUGUGGUUUUAAUUUUUAUUUUCACCGUGUAUAGUGGUUCUUUUUUUAAAGCUUUUCAUCUACCUUAGCUCAAAGUAUGAGGUCAGUCUAGUUAAGGAUGAAUCUCUCCGCGAAAACAUUUAGACGGUUGUCGUAGCCUUGAUCUGAACAGGUGGCGUCCUCGUCCUGCUCUCUCCUGCAUCGCUACUUUAUUUCUUUGCGCUGCGUUGAGCAGUUCGUCACAGCGAGAGCUCACAUCUUUAUUUUGUGCGUACUGCAGAUCCCGUCGGGCUGUAGGUGGUGUUUUCUACGAUCAUGACGUAGCUUAGUGCAGUUACCCAUCUGUGGUUGUGUAUCGGAUGAGGUGUGAGUGUCUCUUAGGUUUCGUCGUGACCUAUCUGUGCGUGCUGUGUGUGGACAGGUUGUAAAGAGAGUUAUAAGUGUACUUUAUAAUUAUAGAAAUGGACAAACUGUACAUACAAACACUGACUUGAAUGGAAUAUUCACAGCGACUCGGCGCUGUCAGGUCUAUCAUUCAGCACUGCUAACUUUAACGUUGUGAGAACAGCUGAUGUCAGCUCUGUGGACAGUGUGUGUGUGUGCGCGCGCGUGUGUGUGUGAAGUGGAGCAGACUGUCUACGUGUUGUUUAACCGUACCUCAUCCAUGCUUAUGAAUGUACAGCCGGGAGACAGAUGUGUCAAACUAUGCAGGAUGUUUCUGAGCUGCAGGACCUUGUUUCACACCUGUACAGGCAUGACAUGGAGCCGUUACAUCAUCGAUACACGAGGGGAGAUUUACGAAAACAAAAUUUGGAUCUGCAUGCUCAACACUUCCUUUUCUUUCCUUUCUUUCGUCUCUGUGUGUUUGAUCAGGACAUCAGUGCUUUUGAGAAGCUCUUGAACUGCAUCAGACAAGAAGGGAAAUCCUUUCUCAGAGGGCGGCUUCCCCUCAGAGUCAAACUGGAGUCAGCUGGACCUCAGACUAAAACUUGAGGAGUGAAAAGCCUGACUGAGUUUGACGAUGACGGGAGUCGGCCCGUAGACUAGAGUAGGCUGUGUGAUGUACAGUUCUGUAGCAUUACCAGUGAUGCCAGCCAGGGUAUGACUGUGAGGGGAGGGAUUGAAGCUUAGGGAACAGAUGGAGUCCAAAAUACUGUUUUUCUUUUAUUGUAAUCAUGAAUAAGCACUUGCAAAAUCUACUGUUUUUUUUUUUUUUCUUUAAUGUUUUGUUUUUGAAAGACAAAGAUUCACAAUGUAUUCGAUUUUCUCUUUUCUGAUAAGGCAACAUUCAGGGGAAUUAGUAGUGAAUGUAAAACAAUUAGUUCCUUUUUUUUUUUUUCUUUUUCACGGCUUCACGCUGUGACAGAAGGUCUAGACAAUGGAACAUAACAGAAUAUCUAAUAAAUUUGAACAAAUAAGAGAA